AUGAAACCAUAAACCAAAUGGGUCAUCCUCUUUCUAACAAGCUUGUCUUAAUUCUCAUUUCGAGUCUUUGUGGAUUACCCAUCACUAUUGGCUACUGAAAUCAAGGAUCAUUUCAUAGUGAAUCAAUUCUAAAUAAACCUACUAUUUUCAUUUAGAUCCUUUCCAAAUAUUGUUAUGCCUUUUGUUGGAGGAAUGUUAUUGGAUAAAUAUGGAACAAGAAAAGGUCUAUUUGGAUUCAUGUUAUUCAUUAUUUUUGGCACAUGUUAAGAAUAAUAAUAUAUUAGUUCUUUGCUACUUGUCAAUUAUUUUGAAUUGCUUCACACUGAUGCUUAUUGGAAGAUUCUUUAUGGGAUUAUUUUUAGAAAGUUGCUAUGUAGGAGUUUAUAAAAUUUUAUCUAAAUGGUUUAAAGAGGCGUCAUUUGCUUAUAGGUAACAGUAACCUUAUUUUUAGCGUUGAUACAGCAUUCAUUUGUGGAGGUACUAUUGCAUCAACAAUUAUGUUACCCUAUUUAAUCAAUAAUUAUAGUUUGGAUACUGCAAUGCUAUCAUGUCUAUUGUGUUGUUUGGUUUCUUUUAUAGGUUUGAAUACAGUUACUACAAUUGAUAAAAUUUAUUAAGUCGAAUCCAAACAAGAAACCCUUCCUCACUUUUCAUUCUCUUUAUUAAAACAAUUCAAUCUUGACUUCUACAUUAUUGCUUUAAGUUCUAUUUUUUGUUAUACAAGCUAUUACAUAUAUUCCUAUAAUAAUGCAGAAAUGUUUAAGACAAUGUAUUAUUUUAAUUCAUUUAUGUUUAGGUAUCAUUUAUCAUCUUAUACUGCAGCUACUCUUUAUGGACUUCCUUGUUACAUGGCUAUUUUUAUAGCUCCAUAUUUAGGUCAUUUGGUUGACAAACAUGGAUAUAGAAUGCAAGGAUUAUAAAUAACAAGUCUCAUUUAAAUGAGUGUUUUUUCAUUAAUGUAUCUCAUGCCAAGUUGUGAGACUACUUGUUUUGUUAUUCCAGCCAUUAGCUAAUUAUUGAAUGGAAUAUUUUUUGCUUCUUAUGUUGUAACUUUAUGGCCAUGCAUUCAAAUGGUUGUGUCCUCUUAAUUAUCAGGAACUGCCUUUGGCUUUGUGUAUUCUAGUAUAAGCUUUGGAAUUUCUUUUGCAUCCAUUUUUAUUGGAAAAGUAGUUUAAGAUGAAACAUAAGCUUCUUAUUCCAAUAUGUUAGGAAUUCUACUCUUAAUAUCCUUCUUGGGAGCCUCUAUGAAUUAUCUGUUAUACUACAGAGAUUCUAAAUAUUUUAACAACAAAAAAUAUGUGAUAUCACAAAAUAGUACAGAAAUGGAAUUGAAAAUGCUUGAUUGA